CUUAGUCUCUGCUUGAAGACAGGUUACAGAAGGACAAGGUUAAAGCUGGAUCUUGUGGUGUGAAAAUUUACCCUGGUUGUUAUCACUACCGGAGGAUCUGACCUUAGCCAGGAGCAGUGAGAGCCUCCCCUCCCCAGCCAUGCUGACUGCCACCCUAGGAUUGUUGAUGCUGGUAGCGGUGGCUGAAUUUCUCAUUGGCCUGGUCGGAAAUGGAGUCCUUGUUGUCUGGAGUUUUGGAGAAUGGAUCAGAAAAUUCAAAGGGUCCUCAUAUAACUUCAUUGUCCUGGGCCUGGCUGGCUGUCGGUUUCUCUUACAGUGGCUGAUCAUGUUGGACUUAAGCCUUUUCCCGUUUUUUCAGAGCAGCCGUUGGCUCCGCUAUCUCAGUAUCUUCUGGAUCCUGGUAAGCCAGGCCAGUCUGUGGUUUGCCAGCUUUCUCAGUGUCUUCUAUUGCAAGAAGAUCACGACCCUUGAGCACCCUGCCUACUCAUGGCUGAAGCAGAGGGCCUAUAAACUGAGUCUGUGGUGCCUUCUGUGGUACUUUAUGAUCAAUGUGUUACUUAUAACCCGAAUUGGCUUCGCAUCCUGUUAUGUUUCCCAGGGAAACAGCAGCAUUCUGUACCCCCAUUCAAGCUGGCACUACUUUUAUAUAUUUAAGCUCAAUGCAGGAAGUUGGUUACCUUUCAUGGUGUUUCUUGUUCCCUCUGGGAUGCUGAUUGUCUCUUUGUAUAGACACCACAGAAAGAUGAAAGUCCAUUCAGCUGGUAGGAGGGAUGCUCGAGCCCAGGCUCACAUCACUGCCUUGAAGUCUUUGAGCUGCUUUCUUAUACUCUACCUGGUUUAUGUUGUGGCUAGCCCCUUCUCCAUCACCUCCAAGACUUCUCCUGUUAAUCUAACCAGAAUCUUCAUCUCUGAGACACUCAUGGCUGCCUAUCCUUCUCUUCAUUCUCUCAUAUUGAUCAUGGGGAUUCCUAGAGUGAAACAGACUUGUCAGAGAAUCCUGCAGAAGACAGCGAGUGCUUGGAGAUGCCGGGGUCCAUGAUCUGGGGAGAAAGGUGUGGUCAAGAUAAUCUUUUGAGGUACUGUUUUGACAGCUCUCUGUAAGGGAGUUGACUUUCAUGUCUUUUAAGAUUUUUCUUCUUUG